AGGAGAGGAGCCGUUUAUUCAGCAGCUGAAUGAAGGACGGAGCGGAGGGAAGGAUAAACACAUAGAUGAGAACAGGAUGAGUGAAUGAAUGAAUGAACGGAUCCUGACCCGGGCUUCCAGAGAACCGAACCGGAUUUGGACGUCAUUCCACGCUGCGCCGACCCAGUAGAAGCCAGUAGAGUCCAGUGAAGUCCAGGCAGCAUCAGCAGAAAUGGCUCCAGCAGCCAUGUCUGUGCCUCCGUCCUCUCUCAACUCCCCCUGCCUCUCCCGCCUCUCCUCAUCCCUCCUCUUCUUCCUCCUCUCCUCUUUUCUCCUCCUGUCAUGUCCUGGAUCGGUGCAUGGAGGUUCACCUGAGAAAAACUGCUCAGCUAGUGGAGACCCCUGUCAGGAAGGAGUGGUACUGCCUGUGUGGAACCCACAGAACCCCUCUGUAGGGGACAAAGUGGCACGGGCCAUUGUUUACUUCGUAGCACUUAUCUAUAUGUUCCUGGGCAUGAGCAUUAUAGCGGAUCGAUUCAUGUCUUCUAUAGAGGUCAUAACCUCCCAGGAGAAGGAGAUCACUAUAAAGAGGCCAAAUGGUGAGACCACCACAGCCACGGUCAGGAUCUGGAAUGAGACCGUUUCUAAUCUCACUCUAAUGGCCUUGGGUUCUAGUGCCCCCGAGAUACUGUUGUCUGUUAUUGAGGUGUGUGGUCACGGUUUUGAGGCAGGCUCUCUGGGGCCCAGCACCAUUGUGGGCAGCGCUGCUUUCAACAUGUUCGUCAUCAUCGCCCUGUGUGUGUACGUGGUUCCCGACGGCGAGACUCGAAAAAUCAAACACCUGCGGGUGUUCUUCGUCACGGCAGCUUGGAGUGUCUUCGCCUACAUCUGGCUAUACCUGAUUCUGAGUGUGUUUUCCCCCGGAGAGGUGGAGGUAUGGGAGGCGGUGCUGACCUUCCUGUUCUUCCCCCUCUGCGUGGUCCAGGCCUGGGUGGCCGACCGUCGCCUCCUCUUCUACAAGUAUGUCCGCAAGCGUUACCGCGCUGACAAGAACCGGGGCAUCAUCAUCGAGACCGAGGGGAGCGCGGACGGAGGGAUAGGAGGUAUGGACGGAGGAGGGGGAGGGGCGCUGGGUCCUGGAGGCUUCACCAAGAUGGAUAUGUUGGAGCUGGAUGGACAGAUGGCGCUGAACUGUCACAGUGGGAUGGAUGGAGGGAUGAUGGAGGAGGGAGGAGCGAAGGAUGAGGAGGACGAGGCCAGGAGGGACAUGGCGAGGACGCUGAAGGAGCUGAAGCAGAGGCAUCCGGACAAAGACAUGGAGCAGCUGAUUGAGAUGGCUAACUAUCAGGUCCUGAUGCAGCAGCAGAAGAGCAGAGCGUUCUACCGUAUCCAGGCAACCAGGAUGAUGAUCGGAGCUGGCAACAUCCUCAAGAAGCACGCUGCCGACCAGGCUCGCAAGGUGGUGAGCAGCCAUGAGACCCAGGCCCAGGAGGACGACCCCCACACCGUCAGGAUGGAGUUUGAACCCCCUUUGUACCAGUGCUUUGAAAACUGUGGCUCCCUGAAACUAACCGUUGCCAGACACGGAGGAGACCCUGGAGUUACUGUCAAGGUGGAUUAUCGCACAGAGGACGGUACAGCAAACGCAGGUUCAGAUUAUGAGUUUGCCGAGGGAACGCUGCUGUUUAAGCCCGGAGAGACCCUCAAAGAGAUCACAGUGGGAGUGAUUGACGACGACAUCUUUGAGGAGGAUGAGUAUUUCUAUGUCCACCUCAGUAACCCUCGGGUGGUUGGUUAUCCUGAGAUUGGCACCGCCCCACUGGAUGCCAGCGCCACGCCCAAAGCCGUGCUGGGUGACAACCACACGGCCACAGUGACCAUCUACGAUGACGAUCAUGCAGGUAUCUUUACCUUUGAGAGUGCCAGUCAGAGGGUGAGUGAGAGCGUAGGCGUGAUGGAGGUGAAGGUGCUGAGGACUUCUGGGGCCCGAGGCCUGGUGGCCGUCCCCUAUCGCACUGUGGAUGGCACGGCUAAAGGAGGGGAGGACUACGAACUGGCCUCCGGCAAGCUGGAGUUUCAGAAUGACGAAACCAUGAAGAUCAUCGAGGUGAAGAUUAUUGAUGAUGAAGAGUAUGAGAAGAACAAGGCCUUCACCAUUGAGCUGGGAGAGCCCGUUCUGCUGGAGAUCGGCCAGAAACACGGUGACUCCAAUGAGAACAAGCCAUUGGUGGGAGCAGAGGAGGAGGAGGUGGCCAAGAUGGGCUGUCCCAGUCUGGGCGAACACACACAAGUCGAGGUGGUCAUAGAGGAGUCCUACGAGUUUAAGAGUACGGUAGAUAAGUUGAUCAAGAAGACAAACCUGGCCCUGGUGGUGGGGAGCAGCAGCUGGAGGGAGCAGUUUGUCAGUGCCGUUACUGUCAGCGCAGGGGACGACGACGAGGAGGAGAGCGGCGAGGAGCGGCUGCCGUCCUGCUUCGACUACAUCAUGCACUUCCUCACCGUCUUCUGGAAGGUCCUGUUCGCCUUCGUCCCGCCCACGGAGUACUGGAACGGCUGGGCCUGCUUCAUCGUCUCCAUAUCGCUCAUCGGCAUCCUGACGGCGGUCACUGGCGAUCUGGCGUCACACUUUGGCUGCACGAUAGGACUGAAGGACUCGGUGACGGCUGUGGUGUUCGUGGCGCUGGGAACAUCGGUGCCAGACACAUUCGCCAGCAAGGUCGCCGCCAUCCAGGACCAGUACGCUGAUGCUUCCAUCGGCAACGUCACCGGCUCCAACGCCGUCAACGUCUUCCUCGGCAUUGGCGUGGCGUGGACCAUCGCCGCCGUCGCCUGGCGCUCCAAGGGCAAGUCCUUCAAGGUGGACCCGGGAAACCUGGCCUUCUCCGUCACCCUCUUCACCAUCCUGGCCGUGGUGUGCGUGACCACGCUGCUGUACCGCCGACGGGCGUCGGUGGCCGGCGGCGAGCUCGGCGGGCCGCGGACUUGCAAGGUGCUCACAUCGCUGCUGUUCGUCUCGCUGUGGCUGAUUUACAUCCUGCUGGCUUCACUGGAGGCCUACUGCCAUUUACCAGUGUUUUAAAUGGAGAGGAGAGGGGAGGGAGAGAGACCCACUGCCAAUAUGAAGAGAGAGAGGGAGGAACGGAGGAGUGUUCAAAGAGGAACGGGACGAGGAGAGACGGCGAAUGCAAACCAAUUUUCUACGUCUUUUUUCUCUUUGCUUUUAUUUCUGUCACUGUUAUGAAACUCUCCAAUUGUAAUUGUAUAAUUGGAGAAUUAGGAGCUCAUAAUUAGGAGCUCUUUUAUUAAAGGAGACCUGCCAUUGAUCCAGUGACGAAGAAAUUUCUAGGAUGCAUAGAGACUCUAAAUUAAGAAUUAUUUAACAUAAAGCAUUAAUGAAAAAAAAAAAUGUAAAGAGCACUUUUGUGUAGUUUCCUCAAUCACUGCUCAUCACCAGUGGACAACACUGUCUAAUAGUUAAUAAAAAGGCUAAUAUUCUUCCAGUAUACUGCCAAACCAGCAGGACAGAAGAAGAGCUGAGGGGGGAAAAGAAGGCGAAGAAGAAGGAUAAGGCUGAAAGGAAGAAGAGAGAAAGUGGGAGAGGAAGCUGGAGGCAACAAAACCAGAGACAAGUCUGUCUCUAGAAAAAAGCUGACAUUAAAAAAAGUAAAAGAAGAAGAAGAGACUGGCAGAAAUAUUUUACACCCCCUCCUCACUCUCUCUCGCUCCCUCCGUCUUCGCCGACACAGGAACGGUGGAGCCUCCCGCUACACCCGCUGAACUUUAAUACUAUCAGUGACUUAUUACUUUCAACCCCUCCUCCCCCAACUGUACACACACACACACACACACACACACACACACACACACACACACACACUUUGGGGCCCUCAGGUGAAUCUGCGGAGGAGGACCACUCACUAACUUGCAGGGCGAACAGGCAAGAUAAAAACUGACAACCUCUUUUUGUCUCUUUUUUCCUUCUCUUCAUGAAUACACUGUGCGAAAUCGUCCUUCCACCCUACGACAGACACCGUCCACUCCCACACCCCCCUCCAUCCCUCCCUCUUGCCUUACUCUGACCUCCCCUGUAGGAAUCGUCUCAAAGUUGUGAUAAUGAACCGUCGUAGUCGCCGCCAACCGAUCCUCUGUUUAAUUGAGCCAAUCCCAAGUCCCUCUCCUCUCACGCCAAUCAGCAGCCUCGUUUAUCCCGUGAAGGGAUCCCCUCCCCCUUUUUUUUCUAAACUUUUCAAUGGCGUCACGUGUUGAUGUUGUUACCGUGCAAUUGUAAAAAAAAAAAAAAUUAAAAAAGAUGUAUAAAUUUAGUAUACAGAGAGAUGCAGAUAAAUAAGAUUAAAGCAGGUGGUUUGAAAGAAGAUUAGCACCUGGAGGAACUCUCAGAUGCGGGAUGGAGAAACAAAAGAGAUGUUUGAUAAGCGGAGCGAAGAUUCGAAACAAAAGCCUGGAGGACCAACAGGCGAGCAGUCCACCUAGUAGUUGUCUUUCUUGCGAUGAAGAAGCAUUGUGCACUACACAUUGUGAGGUACACUGUUUACACUCUGAAGUUGCAUUCAAUGUCGGGGAUACAAACACGUGAACAAGCAGAGCCGGAGCCCAACAGGACAUUAACGAGCAAAACAAAGGCAGGACCAAUCAGAAUGAAGCAUCUCACUGGUCGUGACCUUGACUGCGACUAAGAAGAGGACGGCGAUGGCGGUGUUGUUGAUGACAAAUCAAAACUGUGACCAUACCCAGUGUUUCUAAAUGUACAUGACGAUAUAAGAAACUUUUAUUGAUGUGUGUGAGAAAACACUGCUGUGUAAUUUGUGUGAAGUCCCCCUCUUUGUAAGGAAAACCCUGGAGAAGGAAGAGGAAGAGCCACGUGCCCAUGGAGGCAUUUUAAGGAAACUCGUCACAAGGGGAAGGAAAAAAGGCUGCACGGCUGAUGGCGAACGCAAAACCAGAGAUGACUCACAGGCGGCGAGAGGAGCUGAGUCCUCUGAGGGGAGUAUCGCGUGACUGCUCUGCAGAGGUUGUGACAUUGGGAAGGUUUCUUUGUACUCAAAACAAAAAAUCACAAUUCUCCGUUAUCCAAAGAUUUAAUAGAAGAACAGCGUCACAGAUCACCGUUCAUGCUCAGUGCACAGUUUCACCUUGCAGUCCCACAAGCUGUCGAGCUGGUUCAAAAAAGUUUCACUUCACAAAGGUGUUCACACUAAGCAGAAAUGUGCUCAAGCAUUGGUUUUAUUUAUGGCUGUAUGAGUCUGCGUCAAAAGCUGUGCUAUUUAUUUUGUUUUUGUGAAGUUUGUUGACUCAGGCAUGGUGUGGAAGUGCAAGGAAGACAUCAGGAUUGCUUAAAAUGAGAAUAUUAUGACACGUGACACAUGAAAUUAACCAUUUUGCUAUGUUUGUCUGUCAAACCCAGGUUUGCAUUAUAUCUGUGUUAGUACCCUGCCCUGCCCAGGGGGCUGCACAGAAGGGAUGGCAUAUGGCUUGUCAGUGCAGAUGAUUGUUAAAUGCAUUCGCCUUGUUAACAGCAGCAUAGAGGGAACAACGCUGCACACAAUGCUGUUUGUAAACUUCAAAGAAAAUCCUCAGAGAAAACAAUAAUUUAGCUUUUUGUUUCAUCCCUGUUCACCAAGAGAAAAAUGAGGCUGAAAACAACAAUUUACCUGCCCACCAUCCGCCUUGUUAAAUAUGGACAAAUUACCCGCUGCUCCCAGCCCAAAGUAAAUGCAGGCCUUACAAAGCCAGCUCAGUCGUGACCAGGCUAAACAAACACAAGCCAGCGCAGCCUUGCUAAGGUCAGCGCUUGUACAAAUGGAAGAUAAGUGGCAGUUUUGGAGCAGAGGGGCAUUGAUCUGUCGGGGCGAAAAUGCUCGUAUGUGUUAGCCCUCUCCUCAAACGCGACAUUUUAAAUGCCACACCGGUUCCUUUCACUUUCUGGCGCCUGUGAAGGAAAGAAGAAAGUUAAAUAUUCCAAACUUCAAUGGUGGAAAAUCAUUUGAGAACGACCGUUUUCCAGCCCAGAGUGACACUAUCAGCUGAUGUGAGGGAAGCUCAGCCACGGUUCAUUGAUGGAAGGGGUUUGGCCUCCUGCCAUGAGUCUCUCGCUGUAUUUCAAAGGGGUAUUUCUUGGCUGCAAAUAUUUAACAUUGCUGUCUAUGAAUUAGACAGUUAGACGGGGGCAUGCCCAGAGCUCCCCCCCUCACAGACGAGCUGCUCUGGAGCUCGUCAGUCUUGCUCAAAGACUCUUCAGCACGUUAUUUGCUUGCAGGGCCGUAGCCAGGAUUGUGGGAGUGCUGAGGUCCCCCCAUCAAUGCAGACCCUCCACAGAUAACUUUGUCAACCUUUCCCAAAAUAUAUAUAUAUAUUUCCAGGCAAUUUUAUUUCCCUUUAUGCUUUUUUGGUGGCCUGAAGAUAAAAUUUCAAUAUAAUGAGACUAGCAAAACUAAGACUCUACAGUCAUGCUAGCAGCUCAUUGAAGCUAAAUUUAGCCACUACAGUAAUUUCAGCUAUAAGCUAAUGCCAGCAUGUUAACAUGCAAUAAUGACAACGCUAACAUGCUGAUCUUCGGUAUGUAUAAUGUUUACGAUGGUCAUGAUCUUAGCUUAGCAUGCCAACAUUUGCUUAUUAGCACUGAUGGGAACGUGGCUGAUUCGAAUGUCAUUAGCUUUGAAGUUUUGACCACAGGAUGGCACGAGAGGAAAAGUGAAGGGAUCACUAAAGAGAUUGCAAACAAUCCUGUGGGGAAUAUGAAUGUCAGUACCAGGCGUCAUGGCGACACAUUCAAAAUUUGUUGAGCCGUUUCACUCAAAACCGCAAAUGUGAGCCUCAUGGUGGCAGCAGAUGGAUGAGGCUUACCAGCGUCGUUAGGAUUCACCCCUCUGGUUACAUGAAUGUUUGGACUAAACUUCAUGGCAAUCUAUCCAACAGCUGAAGAGAUAUAACUGACAUUGUCAUCUCUAGCGCUAGUGUGGCUAAAACACUGAAAUCAAAGUGCAAAAUACCCAGUAUGGGAAAAAUGUUGUCCCCCCUCAUUCAUUUCUAAUAUUCCCUGAAAUAACACAAAAGACACGACCUCAGUGUCCCAAAUCGUAGCUGCAGGCCUGGGCACUUGUUAAACAUGAUGGUCGACUCUGUACCGUCCAGCUGACUAACCGUCCAGAUCCCGUCAUCGUGUCUGUAACGUGCAAUUCACCAUAAGACGCAGGAGUAAACCCACCACGGAGAAGGUCAUCAGCCGGUCGCUCACGGCCCGCUGAGACGCCGGGAUGCGUGCCGGGCCAAACUGCUCUUCUCAAUGACUUAAGCUUCUGUAACAGUUUCCAGUUUUAAGAAUGAGUGGGCCGGAUAAUAGUGCUGCUGACGCCACAGGAACACAAGAAUACUGGGACUGAUUUAGAAAUGUUUUAAAAGGUUGAUAAGCCUUGCUGGAGCACGGCUGAGUGUGUCUCUGUGCGUCUGUGUGUGUGUGUGUGUGUGUGUGUGUGUGUGUGUGUGUGUGUGUGUGUGUGUGUGAGCAUGCUGUCGAAGUGAGUGAAGAAAUGCAAGUGUAUUUUUAGUCUCUUGCCUGUUGCUUAGCGACCAUCUAUCUGUAAGCCGUUGUCUUCUUGACUGUUGCUGGCGUGUGUGAGUGUGUGUGUGUGUGUGUGUCAUUCUCUUUUGAUGUUUCCCACUUUGUCUGCUUGCCCUUCUUUUUGUGAAUGUGACUACAGUUUCUCAUUCAUGAAUUUCAACCUAUAUUACUGAUCAAACGCUCAUUUUUUUUUCGACAUGUGUGUUUCUUUUAUGUUCCUCGUGCCUCCCAUUGUUUGCAUGUGCAUCCGUUGUGUGUAGAACUGCAUGUGUAUUUGUGCCUUUGUGUGAGUGUGUUUGUGUGUGUGGGUUGGUGUUGUAAUCUCCUUAUAAGGGCUCGCCCUGUGUGUCCCUGGCUGAAGCCCAUACACUAGAUUAAUGAAUUAGAAUGCCAACCUGACCCACAGUAAAAAAGCCUGGAAAUUGGAUUCCCUCCUCUGUGUGUGUGUGUGUGUCAGGCAGGUAGAUUGUACCUGGUACUCUCCCUAUCCAGGUGUGUGUGCACUUGUGGAAUAAGAUCUGUUCAACCUCGAUUCCAAAAAAGUUGGGAGAAAGCAAUCAUUUGCAGUCAUAAUUGGUUGAUGCGGAUGCACACCCACUUAGGUGGUGUUAAUUUAUGUACAGGCACUGUACAUGCAGAAACAUGGAGGAUCAAUAAGAAGAUCAAUCAAGUAAUACACAUACACACACACAGAAAUCCUAGCUGUACUCAGUGGCUUUGGCAUUUUUGAAUCUCUGCAGUCUAUGAAAUGAAAAUAUGUGAUUUCCCACUAAUGUUACACUUCAACUUAAGUAGAAAAUGACUACAAUGGUGGUCUGAGAUGAAAACUGUCAUGUAUUUCUUUCCUUCUCUCUGUAAGUGUACAAGUAUGUGACUGCUAGAUUGAUUUACUGUGCAUUUGCGUGUGUGUAUGUGUGUGUGUGUGUGUGUGUGUGUUAGGGGUGUCUAGAGACAUCACUACCAGUACCAGUAUCUGAGUUUGAGAUAUAAAGAUUAUUUGUUUAAGGUUUUAAGACACAUAAUGUGAAGGAUUUGGUUUCUGAAUACAGAAAUAAUGCUGAACACGGCAGUAAACUUCCAGUAUUUCCAUAAACAACGUUGUUGUACUUUCAGAUUUGGACACAUCCUGUGUGUGUGUGUGUGAGUGUGAGUGACAGAGUUUUAAUGCGUGUUAAUCAGCCACUAUCUAUUUAUCAGUGUUUUUUUUAUUUUGUACCCUUUUCUCCCUCCCUCUCUCUCAACUAUUAGCCACUCUAUUGCUCUCUACCUUCUAAAUAUUUAUAUAUUUUACCACUUUAUACUCUUCAUUUUAUUCAUGUAUCAUGCAGCCCUGUUUAUGAGGUCACAAAGUGCUUUUGAUAUAAAUAUCUGGUGUUUUUCAUUUUUUUUCAUGUAUUUUAUUAUUGUUAUUAUAUUAUUGUACUUUUGGUUGCAUUUGUUUCCAUUUUGUGUUGUUUUGGUGAUUUGUUUCGUUUUAAAAAAGAAGCCCUCGGAGAGUAGAGCAGCAAAUUAGCAUAGUAAGAAAUUACAAUGAGUGUGCUCUUAUCCUUUUUAUUGUGAGUGUGUGUGUGAGUGUGUGCGUGAGUGGGCGCGUUCAUUUCUUAGUAUCAUUCCAUCCAUGAGCGUGUCGAUGCAUGAAUUAAACUCAUUCUGAAUACAGUGUUGAUGUUGGAAAUGUUGUAGUAAAGAGUAAAGUAUUUUUAAAUGCUGAACAUUACAUGAAAAACGAUAUAGAUGUUUACAAAGACCAAACUUUUCUUUUCUCUCUCUCUCUCUUUUUUUCUCAAAGAUGAAAUAAAACUUG